CCCAUAAAGUUGGGAACUUUUUCUUCAGCAAAGGGAGUGUCUUCAUUGGAGGAAGAAGGCAGAGAGAGCUGGAACAAGAACAAAGAGAGCGUCUUUAAUAAAGUGAGCAAGCAAAGCGCUCGAAGAAGACCCAAGAGCACAGUGAUGGACCAGCAGCGAUCGGAGCACCCCAACCUCGUCAGACCACUCCGAUGCAUCGUCAAACUUGGAGGAGCGGCUGUCACGUGCAAAAAUGAUUUAGAGAAGAUCAAUGAGGCUCAUCUUGAGAUGGUGGCAACACAGCUUAGGCAAGUGAUGAUCUCGGGUUCUUCUUCUUCGGAGAUCCCAGGGAUGGAUUGGAGCAAGAGAAGUGGAAAGUUGGAGAUAUCCCUCAACGUGGAUGAGUUUAGAGACCAGGAGUUGUUGGAGCCGAGCAGUUUCAUUGUUGUCCAUGGAGCAGGUUCUUUUGGGCAUUUUCAGGCUAGCCAAUCUGGGGUUCAUAAAGGAGGCUUGGAACGACCUCUGGUGAAGGCUGGUUUUGUUGCUACACGUAUUUCAGUGAGCACACUCAAUCUUGAAGUUGUUAGAGCUCUUGCAAGAGAGGGCCUCCCUUCCAUUGGAAUAUCUCCCUUUUCAUGCGGAUGGUCGACUCGUGAAAAGAAUAUUGCCUCAGCCAAUUUGUCCACAGUAACUAAGGCUCUUGAUUCAGGUUUCAUCCCUGUCCUUCAUGGAGAUGCAGUGCUUGAUGAGUUACAGGGCUGCACCAUAUUGAGUGGAGAUGUAAUCAUACGUCAUCUAGCAGAGCAUUUGAAGCCCGAUUAUGUGGUUUUCCUUACAGAUGUAUUUGGGGUAUAUGACCGUCCUCCCACAGAACCUGAUGCCGUGCUCCUAAAGGAGAUUGCUGUGAGAGAAGAUGGGAGUUGGUCUGUUGUGAAACCACCUCUUGAGGACCGUCAUGUUGAAUGGACAGUAGCUGCUCAUGAUACAACUGGGGGAAUGGAAACCAAGAUUUCGGAAGCUGCAAUUAUUGCAAAGCUUGGCAUUGAUGUUUACAUUGUGAAGGCGGCAACGACCCACUCGGUUAGGGCAUUGAGUGGGGAUUUGAAAGGAAACAUACCUGACGACUGGCUUGGAACAGCCAUUCGGUUUGCUGGGUAGGCGUGGCCAAGGGUUGAUUUUUCGGACGAAAUUUUGCAAUCCAUCAACCAACUUAAUGGACUUGGAUGCAUACAUUAGUCAAUUUUUUGCUUGAUUUUAUCUAGAUGUGUAAGACGAGUCUGCAUCUUUUCUUCCUUCGGUGAAGACAGGAACAAGACAAGCAUAGGAGCUUGGUGAGAAGAGAGCUUUUUUCCUUAAAGUUCCAGUUCUAUUUGUCGAGGCAAACAGGGUCGAAUAUCGAUAGUGUUGAAACCUCGAUACAUGUAAGGGUGAUUAAUUGCUCAACAAUCAAUACGGAGUUCUUCAAAGGAGCGGUCCGACUUAUCGAA